CAGGUAGCGAGCGACGGUGAUCACAAAAAAGAUGUGGCUUCAUCUCAGCCACUUACAGAAGAAACAACCACCGCUAAGAGGCACCGAUUCACCACCUCCUCACAAACACACCAACUAACCCUAGCACCACCUUCACUUUCUUCCUCCUCCAUGCCUCCCGCCGACUCACUUCACGCGCCGCCGCUUUCCACACUUCCGUUCGAGCUUAUAGUUGAAAUCCUCUGGAGGCUCCCCGUGAAGUUCCUCUUGCAGCUCCGGUGCGUAUGCAAAUCUUGGAAUUCCCUAAUUUCAUCCGAUCCCAAAUUCGCGAAGAAGCACCUUAGCGGUUCAUCGCGCUUCCUCGUCUUGAGCUUCAUGAACCCCUCACACCAAUUCAUUCUCAGGGCAUGUCCUCUCCCCUCCUUAUUCAACACCUUGACCCCAAUCGCUACCCAGCUCCAGUACCCUUUGAACAAGCGAAACCAUUUUGAUUUGAUCGUUGGUUCUUGUGACGGCAUACUUUGUUUGGCCAUCGAUCAGAGUUGUGCUCUUUUGUGGAACCCUUCUAUUAGGAAAUUCAAGAAAUCGCCCUCUUUGGAAAAUCAACGGCAACUGGGUAGUUAUACAAUAUAUGGGUUCGGUUAUGAUCAUUUCACUGAUAGUUACAAGGUGGUAGCAGUUUUUUGCUAUGAAUGUGAUAGUGGUGGUGCUACUGUUUACAAAACUCUAGUCAAGGUUCAUACUUUGGGUACCAAUUAUUGGAGAAGGAUUCAGGAGUUUCCUUCUGGUGUUCCAUUCGAUGAAUCCGGAAAAUUCGUGAGUGGCACUGUUAAUUGGUUGGCAUCUGCUACUUCAAGUUCUUCGUGGGUUAUUGUUUCUCUUGAUUUGGGGAAGGAGUCUUAUCAAGAACUUUUGCAGCCUGAUUAUGGAGGAGUAACUGUGCUUACCUUGACCUUGGGGGUGUUGAGGGAUUGCUUGUGCAUACUUUCUCAUAGUGACACGUUUUCGGAUGUUUGGCUUAUGAAGGAUUAUGGAAAUAAAGAGUCUUGGACUAAAUUGUUCAGUGUUCCUUACAUGGGAAAUCCUGAUUCCUAUCCGUAUACUAAGGCACUUCACAUUUCUGAGGAUGACCAAGUACUGUUGGAGUUCCAGUCAAGGUUAGUUGUUUACAAUUCCAGAGAUGGCACUUUUAAGCUUCCUGAGAUUCAAAGCAUCAACAGUUGGGUGGUCCCAGAUGUCUACGUUGAGAGUUUGAUAUCACCUUGUUCUUAAUAUUAGGAUGUAUAUGCUAUGCUUUGCCACUUGUGCAUGAGGUUCUUGAAGAAUCUACCAACUGCACCUUAUAUGUUUUCAUUGAUGUUAUGCAUAUUAUGUUUGUUCCAAUUACUGGUGACUUCAUGGAUCAUUGUUAAUUGAUAGUCGAUGGAAUUUGCAGCUUGAGAAAUUGCUGUUAGUUUCAGUUGUUCUUUCAUCUUGUAUUACGUUUUAUAUGGUUUGCGAUCAUGUAUUUUGCUUUGAUGGUUAUUGGUUUAGUUUUCU